UAAAUAGUUUCCAAUUUUCAGUAAUUCGCUGGACCUGUUUUAGAGGUAUUACAGUACUACUGAAUUUUGAGCUACUCAGACUCCUCCCAGUGCUCAGUAAAGCCACCACGCUAUUUGACUUCAUGUAUAUAUAUAUGCAGUUUAACAGCAGACAGCACAGACUCCCAGCAAAAGUCAGCAUCCCAGACAGAAAACACUCAACAGAAGUUUGUAAGUAUGUGGCUUGCAAACGGCAACAGGCUGGGAUGGUAUGAAAGAUACCUAUCAGCAAUAAAAUCUCAGCAAGCCAGAAAGAUCUUGGACGUACAGAAGUGUGAAGAUAUUGUCUUUACACUUCUCGAUAGGGUGCACCAACAGGACUACAGAUUCCAGGUGGAUUAUUCCAGAGGUCAUGCCACUUUCAACUACCAUUUCAUGUCUGCUUUUGAUGAAAUAGACGUGGAAGUGCCGCUGUGGUUAGAUGAUUCGUCUUUGACGGUGAAAGAAAGUUGUAAAAUUCCAUACCAUCUGAACGGAAUGUCCCAUAAAACCCCAAGAAGGGGAUUCUGUUACCUGGCUGUUUCCAAGGAAUCUGAAAGCAAAUGGUCUGGGAAAGAUAUAUUUUACCCUCUUCCCAGACUUUCCGACAGCAGCGGGCAUGUUAUCCCUGGGAAAGUUAUCCACGUUCUGAAGGAGUUGAUCAAAGGAGCCAUUGUUUACUGUGAACAAAAUUACCUUAUCAGUGCAGGUGAUGUGAAUGGUUGUUUGUUAAAUUUUGAAGGUCCCAAGAUUAUGUUGAUGGUGAAAGAUGUGUCAAAGCACAUACAGGUCAACAUUAUGCCAGUGAUGCUAAAAGCUACAAAAACAUUUCUGGACAAAGGAAGAAACCCUGCGAAGACAUCAUCAACGACAAAUAACCAUGCAACUGAACACAUUGACAUAAGCAGUGGGAAUUACUACCAUUGGAGAUUUUGCUUUGAGCGCCCCAUCUGGAAGCUAUUGGAUACAGCAGAUGCUGAUGGUGGAAAUCGACUGAACAGUCUGUGCAUAUUGGACAGUAUUAACACUAACCAUUGGCUUCCUACGAAAAACAAACGAGGACUUAAGUUCCAGCACCUGCAGAUGGUUUUACUCUGGGCCAUGAAGUUCUUCCCAGCUCCCGAAGACUGGGUUGACCUAGAAUCAUCUGUGUAUCGGAUCUUGGUGGUGCUGCUCCGCUGUCUGACCCUCUGGAAGCUCCCCAACUACUUCUUGCCUGAGAUCAACGUCUUCCUUGAGGACGAUCAACCACAGGUUGACUUCAAGACCAUUUACACUAAGGUGGAGACGUUCGCCGACAUUCCUGAGAAAUUCCUCCAAAUCCACGUGACUCAUCUCAUACCAGCCCACCAACAACGGAUUGAUAACUACAUCAAAAUGAUUCUGCACAUCGAGGACACUGCAGGUGUUCAUUGGAAUACUGGCUAUUUUGAUGUUAUUCUAAAUAAGAUGCAGGUUUACCGCAUCCAGGAUCCAGAGAGAAUCAAUUCCAUGCAGCUCGUCUGGUCCAAGGCAACCAAGCUAAUGACCGCUGAAGGAAUCCCAUUAUAACUAGAAUCUCCCAUUUUAUCAACACUGGUCAACUGUGUGUGUCUGGCACACCCACCAGAAACUGGAAAAAGACACAAGAAUAUUACUGCUUGUUAAGUGCUUUGAGACAUCAUACAAAUGUGAAAGGUGUCAGAUAAAUUGUUGUUGUACUCACAGGCACACAACACUAAAUGCUGUACGAGGGAAAUAGUCUCUUAUCUUACCUACUACGCAUGUGAAGGGGUUGACACUAAGACAUAUAAGCUGGUUAGCACCAGAUAGGGAAUGAAUUAUUCCCUUUUACCCUUUAACUAGAGUAUUGGUGCAUGAUAGGUGCAGUGGAGCUGACACUCCAAAAUCUGUCUUAACAGCUAUCACUCCAAAUAUUUAUCAUCUUUUUGAAACAUGUUUAUAAUAAGUCUUUUUUUAUUCAUAAUAAUGUGUUCAUUUUGGGAAGGAUUCUCUGCAUGUGGACUACUGGUUGGAAAGCAAUGAGUAAAUGUAAAAUUAUUCCAUACUGCCUUUAAAAGUGCUACAUUGAUGAUAUCUGGACAAUAAUCAGCAGUAUUGAGAACCAAACUUCACAUCCUUUUUUUUUCCUUUUGUAUAUUUUCAUUUGUAAAAACAUAUAUAAUAUAUAUUAUAAGACUAUUUUAAAAUAUAUAGCUGUUAUGCAAGUGUUCAAUAAAUAAUAA